UAAGCUUUCAGUUGGAGUUGAUGUCCAAACUCCUAACCUUCUUUGCUACUGGGAUAAAAGAACUGGCCAUCUCUUUAACUCCGAAGCAUUGUAUGACCUACUUGGACAAGCUAUAAGAAUGAACCGGUGUUUCCACUUCAAGAGGAUUGUGUUUCUAUUAAUACUGCACAUUCAGCAAUCCAGAAUAAAGGCAAUACCCCCUCCACCUCCAGAAGGAACAGAUUGUACAGAAAUUAUUGCCGAAAAUCCGUAUGCCACAAGUGGAACAUACAUGAUUCAACCAUUUAAUGCACCUCAUCCUUUUCGGGCAUUCUGUGAGAACCGAGCAGAUGGAGGAUGGACUGUCAUUCAGCGACGCAAUGGGAAAGGUGCCGAUGGUAACCCUGUGGAUUUUUAUAAACCAUGGACUGAUUACCAAGGAGGAUUUGGAGAUGUUAGGUAUGAACACUGGCUGGGACUUGACUACAUGCAUGAGCUGACCAACCAGCCAGGCAAAAAAUGUGAGCUCCGAGUGGACAUGAUCAACUGCCAAAAUCAAAAAGGUUAUGCCCUCUAUGACCGCUUCAGAAUUGCCAGUGAGGCAGCACGUUAUAGCCUUCAUUUGGGAAGCUACAGAGGAAAUACAGGAGACGCAUUUCGAGGAAACCAAUAUUCAGGGACACAAGAUGGCCGUCCAUUCAGUACACAUAACAAUGAUAAUGAUGACUGUCACCCGUGCUUUAUAGGAGACAUUGCAUUCAAUAGUUGUGCAGAGAACCAACAUUCUGCAGGGUGGUUCAGUAACUGUGGCCUGGUGGAUCUCAAUGGGAUUUGGCACAACCAAACUGACUGUGAAGGCUGGUCAUCUGCCGUGUACUGGGAAACAUGGAGUAGCUUCCAUUCAUUAUUGUUUACUGAGCUCAAGGUGAAAUGCUAUUAA